GUGAGUGCUAGUCGGUUACACGCAACAUGGACGUGUUUCUCACGCUCUUCUUUACCAACCUCAGCCUUCCCUGCACCCCCAUCACGACUGCCCCGACGGCCACAUGGUGCGUCGUGCGCUGUCUCGACACCCCACCCUGCAACUCCGUCUUCUACCACGAGGCAAGUCAGCAGUGUUGUCCCACCACGGAGGUGUACACGCAGGACUCCUCAUCACUGUUACCACGGGACGGGACGGACUACUUCAUCCGCCCAUCUUUAAUACCUGUGACACCUGUAAUUAAGUGUCCCCCAGGAGCCACCUUGUUCACAACAGAGGCCGUUUGCGUUACCUUGACAACACCAAAACAGUCAUGGCAGAAUGCUGAUAAUGAAUGCACUGGACAGUCAUUCAAUGGAAUGGAUUACCGAAUGAUAACUUUUAAAACUGAAGCUAAAUACGAAGAAAUCAAACAGUUUCUUGGGACAGACGUCGAAGGGGUUUGGACCGGCCUGAAAUACAAGGAUGGAGAUUGGAAGUGGUAUGAUGGAACCGUUGGUCAGUUUCAGCCAUGGAAUCCCAAUGAACCAAAUUUUCUAGACUCCGAACUGUGUGCCGUCAUAUACAGGCCUACACAUUGGACUCUGCAUAACAACUACUGUUAUGUCGCCUGGAGUGUGAUGUGCGAAGUUCCAGCUCGCAUAUAAUGUGUGUGCCACGUCCGAUCGAUGACAUUAGUUAAUAAACUCCUUACCAAGAUCAUAAGCAAUCUCUGCUAACAGAUUCCGAUUAUAUCACAUUACAUACUCGUAGAAAGAUCACGUUAACGGGUGGGUGUAUCUAUUGUACAUUGAACUACUAAUGUACCUCACCCGCGAUGAGCCGGAGUAGAAAAGGUCCUUAGCAUCCCAUGCUUGCCCACGCAACCCAUUAUUUACAGACCGCCGUCAUAUUGCUGGAAUGUUCUGUUAUUGUAACAUUCUACUAUUGUACUAUUCUGUCACAUUGUAACAUUCUACUAUUGUUCUAUUCUGUCAUAUUGUAACAUUCAACUUUUGUUCUAUUCUGUCUUACGACAAGCAUAUUCGCCUUUUACGGCAAGCAUGGGUUGCUGAAGACCUAUUCUACCCCGGAUUUUCACCGGCUUUAAACUCGAUGUAAAAGCAGUGAAAGCUUCUGGUUGACUGGUUGUGUUUUGUUAUUUAUAUUGCAAAAGUAUAUCUCCCUGCUUCAGCUAAAAUGUUUGGGCUUCAGUUUUCCCACUGGGCCUACAUUGUUUCAAUGUUCUGGCCCUUAAAGCUCUCAGUUACUCUGCUGAGUUUCAGACACUGCAUGGCUGCAUGAGUGCGUGUAGGAUGGCAUGGCCAUUUUAGCCAAGAGGGAAUACCAUCGGUGUGUUGGGUACGGAUACGAAAGCCUCCAAGCAAGGAAUUUGGGUAAAUAAUUUAGUUUCAACAUAAUUGGGACACAGCGUCAGCAUCCUAUCAGUAUCUAUUGAUGUCUCUGAGGAUAACGUGCACUCUAAGUACACAAGCAGUUAAAAGUUUGUUAUACAUAUAUAUCUUACCAUAUUUGCGUUCUAAUGGUCCCAGCAGUCGCAGCAGUCAAGGUAGGUGACAAUAACGGGCUACAUAAACGUGCACAAAAGAUCGAUCUUGCUCGAAGAAAAACCCCUAAAAUACCAUCACUGCUUAAAGACUUGACAUUUGUCUCUGAUAGGAUUUAGACGCCAUGUUGUCUAACUGUAGAUAGGAUUUGUAGUCUUAACAAUCACUGGGGUGUGACCGUGUAGGCGGGAUCUCA